AGCGAGCGGCCGGGACAGAAGACCGCACCCCGGGCCCCGCCACUCCCCGCGAGGACUUCCGCGUGCGCUGCACCUCGAAGCAGGCCGUGCUGGAGCUGAUGGAACUGUGCGGCCGCUUCGUGCGACAGCUCGGGGACGCGCUGCCGGAGGAGAUUCGGGAGCCCGCGCUGCGAGACGCGCAGUGGACUUUUGAAUCUGCUGUGCAAGAGAAUGUCAGCAUUAAUGGGCAGGCAUGGCAAGAAGCUUCAGAUGAUUGUUUCAGGGAUUCUGAUAUCAAAGAACUUGAAGAUCACUUUGAUGAAAUCAUAGUAGACUUAGCCACGAAACGUAAGCAGUAUCCCAGAAAGAUCCUUGAAUGUGUUAUAAAAAUUAUAAAAGCAAAACAAGAAAUUCUGAAGGAAUACCACCCUGUUGUAUGCCCAUUGGACCUAAAAUAUGACCCUGAUCCAGCCUCUCGUGUGGAAAAUUUGAGAUGCAGAGGAGAAACAGUAGCUAAGGAGAUCAGUGAAGCCAUGAAGUCCUUGCCUGCAUUAAUUGAACAAGGAGAUGGAUUUUCUCAAGUUCUGAAGAUGCAGCCUGUUAUCCAACUCCAGAGAAUCCACCAAGAAGUCUUUUCCAGUUGUUAUAGGGAGCCAGAUGUUAAACCUGAGAGCUUUAUAACACAAAUAGAAACCACACCAACAGAGACUUCUACCAGCAAAACCACUAACGUGGUACUGAAAAGAAAGCAAACUAAAGACUGCCCCCAGAGAAAAUGGUAUCCAUUGCGGCCAAAGAGAAUUUAUCUUGAUACGUAAGCUAUUUUUGUUUAUCUCGGGAGUUGAAAUUAGGCCCUGUCGGCAUUUAGAUUAAAGUCUGAUGCCUAGACAGAACUUCAUUUAAAAUAACAAGUAACUCUUUAGUGAUUUCUUUAUACAGAUGUAGUAACUGUCCUGGGGUAUGAUGUAAUAUUGUAUUUCCUCAAUGUUUCGUCUGUAGUCGAUGAAAAGCAUAUUUUUAAAUGUUGGCACAAAGCCCAUCAAUGAGUAUAAACAGUACAAUCUUUUACUGUCCUUAAAUGCCAUCAACUCUUGGCUGCUUUACAGCUUUUAUGGAAUUUUAUGAGUAACAUUCUGUCAGUUUCCUGGAUAUACUGCUUUCUUUAAAAAAGAGCUGUGUAACAGUUGUCUUCAUUUAAGUGCUGAGAGGAAUCACCAGUUCUGCAAAGGAGGGUUUUUGUUUUUGUUUUUUUGGUGUUUUUUUGUUUUCAGCGUAAUUUGUUUUAUCAAAUGAAUGUGCAAAUGAAAGACUAGCUUUGACUUUGUCACUCUAGUUCAGCUAAUUUAGGUCUGUGAGUUUAAUUGUAGGAAGUUUUGUUUUUAUUUUGUGUUUUAAGACAAGACAGCUACUAUUUGUGGAAGAAUGUCUCCCAAUAUUUCUUGCCCACACAUUGUUUUCCAUAGACCUUUUAAUUUUUAAGCAUAAUUUGACCUGUGAAUAAUAUUUUUUAAGGAUUUCUCAUUAUUUCUUUGUAUAUGACUCCAGUUCAAAAAUAUACAUCAGAGUAAUACAUUAAGAAAUUGCCAUGUGGAAUAAAUAUAGAUGUAAUCUGAACUAUUUUAUUUUUAAGGAUGUUUAUAUAUCAAGGAUAUAAUCAUUGGUAGAAGUCUGAGAAAGCUAUAUUGCCCCUACUUCGAAUAUUUAACCACAGUUCCUUAUAGCUCCUGCUGUGUCUUUUACUCACAUAACACAAUGUAGGCAGGGCUAUCUAACUUGCCAACCGUUUCCCCUUUUAAUGAUUGUACCUUCAUUCGUUUGCAAAGGAAUUUAUUAAUCAUGAGGUUGGAAAUCUAUACUUCUUGUGUUUAUUAUGUGUUAAUAAUCAUAAAUGUCAAAAUGUGACAGAAAGUCUGUCUCAAUUAGGAAAACUUACAUAGCCACUUUAUGGUAUUCUGUAUUUUAAUGUUACAAUUUGAGAUCUGUAUAUUUGUAUAAAGCAGUUUUUUUUAUUAAAAUAAUGUGUAAUGACUAAAA